AUGGUUACAGAUAGUAAUUCAGAGUACCAGGAGAAGGUAUACGAGGAGGUGGUCAGAGUUUUAGAUGGUAGAGAACACUUGGAAUGGAACGACUUGCCGAAACUCGAAGUCACAACAAAAUGUAUUAAAGAAAGUCUUCGUCUUCACCCCGCAGUGCCGUACAUAGAGAGAGAAACAGUGGAAGAUUGUAGCAUUAAUGCACAGAUACUACCUAAAGGUACUCGUAUUGCAAUCCACAUCUGGCUUCUUCAUCAUAACCCUCAUAUUUGGGAAAACCCUGACGAGUUUAACCCAGAGCGGUUUAACCCUGAUAACCAGGUUAAACUUGAUCCGUUUCAGUUUGUGCCAUUUGCUGCAGGCCCAAGAAACUGUAUUGGUCAAAAUUUUGCAAUGAAUGAAAUGAAAACAACUAUUUGUAAAAUAAUCAAAAAGUUCAAGCUUUCGGUGGAUGCCAACAAAAAAGUGCGUAGACUCCCAGUAGUCACAAUGCAUGCAGAAGGCGGAAUGUUUCUCAACGUUACGUUACGGAAAUAAAUUGUGCAAACUUAAAGAUCAAAAUUUUAUAUAUUAAAUUCAUCGUAAAUAUAUUGCCGCAUCACAGUGCGUACAGAGAGAGAGAGAGA